AUGCCCGACCAUCACCUGCGGCUGGAGAUUGAAGGAGCAAGCCAGAGACGGAGGCUCGCCCGGGAACGGGGGGGCUUAGCCUGGGGGGAGAGCGUGUUCGGGGUCGUCGAUCCUAUACCAGGGUGUCCUCGGCUCGUGCUCCCGUUCCUGGCGGCCACCAUUACCAGCGAGCCUGCUGACGGGACAUACCAAAAUCUCCUGCGUGAAUCCAUGUGUUAUGGGGCCUACAUGAUCGCCAACAUGCUAGAAGUCAAAAAAGCCGUCAAGAUCAACGCUCCAGAGAUGCCCGAUCUAGUCGUGGAUAGCGAUUGCAUCCGCGCCUUGACGCUGACAAUAACCGGUCGCCGUAUCGUCCUGGCUGCUCACUGGGCUGUCGAGAUUGGGACUGCGCCACCAGUCUACUUUUCCCGCAUCGCCAAGGCAUGGGAGGCUCACAGGGCGUAUGGUUUUCCAAUAAGGGACGCGCUCUCGUCUAUACACCUAGCCAGGGAGUGGAUCAUGGAAGUGAAUACCGAGCGAUACCACAACAUAAUACGGAAGAUUUAUGGAUUCUUCGAGACUACGUGCUGCAUCUGCAGCCACCAGGAAUUGAGCCAGGGUCAUUGCACCGCCUCGAUGGCAAUGUCGUCGAUUGCUGGAGGCGAGCCUCGUCUGGCUGGCCUCUUGGCCCGCCGAGCACACAUCUAUUUACAACAUCAUCUCCAACAUGGUCAAAUUGAUGAGCUUGAUCAGGCGAUAGCAAAUUUACAAUCCGCGGUCGAUCUCGCGAAAUCUGGCCCCCAGAGGGAACAUCUCGGAUCGAUGCUGAAUAUGCUGGGAGUCCUGUCCCUGAGACGGUACGCACGCAAUGCGAAUGAGGCAGUCCUGGACGACGCGCUUCAUCGCUUUUCGUGGGCUUUAGAGUGCUUCUCCGUGUCUCAUUCCCAGCGGGUAAUUUCCUUGGCUGGGAUAGCUCAGACGCGCGCAAAUCGAUACGACCGCACAGGCGCCAUGUUGGACCUCGAAGAGGCCAUCUCGCAGAUACGGACUGCGAUUGACAUUCAGCGGCACUUCAAUGACACCGACCUGCUGGCAACGAUCCUCAGCAACUUGGGUUGCAUCCUCUGGCGGCGGUAUCAGCGCACUGGGAGUAGCGAGAAUCUGCAUGAGGCAUUUACUGCCAUAACCAAGGCGGCCGCCGCUGUCUCCCCAGAUAAUGCGGGACUGCUAGGCAGUAUCUGGACAAAUCUUGCGGGGCUGUUGGCAAGGCAGUACGAAAUCACGGGGAUGUUAGACCACCUGAGAAACGCCGUCUUUGAAGCACGCGAGGUUGCCCAUGCGGCCCCCGAGAGCCCAGAGCUUGAUUCACUGCUUAGUCUCCUUGCCCCAGAGCAACUGAGCAGUAUCCGUCUUCCUUCCGGUUCUCCAAGUAAGCAAACCGCUGGUGGAGGUGCACGGAACAUAACCAGCACGAAGAAAAUGCCCCAUGCACCAGCUGCGUUGCGAGAUGCCGAGAAGAAAGAGGUUGACAAAAAGCUUCGAAACUUUGAUCUUCCGAACCUUGAGUCACAGCAAGACGCACGAGGGGAAGACCAGGAACUUAUAGCUGCGAACCAAGGAUAUACAACUCAUGAUAUCCACAAGAAUGAGGGCAAUGCAAUGGGUAAUCUGUUCAGUCGGAGGGCCAAUGUUGUUGGCCAUAUCAGCCGACACUACGGUGACAAAUACGGUAAUACCUCGCCUUACCUUUGA